AUGUAUGGGAGCUCGCCGCUGCGGACGUCGUCCGCAUCGGCGUCGCUCUUCAAGUCAUCAGGCCCCACAGCCAAGCUGGAGCAUGUCGCAGAGCGGUUCUCGGCGUUCUACAGCGAUCUGGAGCAAGAAAAACAGCAACGGCGAAUUGCGGAGGCGUCGCGGUAUCAAAUCCUGGGGGAUUCCCUAGUGAAGCUGGAGAAGAGCUUGGAGGCGGAGGUCAAGCGGCGCGCGGAGGCGGACAGACAGAUGCAGUCACACUUUGAGGAUGAGAUCAAGAGCAUCCAGGACCGCGUGGCGUCCAGCUAUGCGGAGCUGACCAGCAGCUUUCGGACCAGCGUGGAGGGGCUGGCGCGCACACUGCAGGACCUGCAUGCCAUCGUCAAGGAGGAGCGGGAGCAGCGGCGGCAGGACAUUGAGCACCUGGCGGCGACGCUGGUGGGCAAGGUCAACGAGUGCGUCGGGGCACUGGACGAGGAGCGCGUGUCUCGCGUCGAGGCUGAGACCAAGACGGUGCGGCAGGUGGGUGCCGACCUGCUGCGGCUGCAGGAGCGGCUCGAGGCGGAGAAGGGCACGCGCGAGUCGGAGCUUGGGCAGCUCAGAUCUGAGAUCCACGAGGUUCUCGGGAACCGCAACGUCACAGAUGAGAAGUUCCAGGCGGUGGUGCUGGAGGAGCUGGCGUCCCUGAAGGGGGCAAUGGCGUCUGAGCGCGAGGAGCGCGUGGCUGAGGACGAUGAGAUCAUCAUGGCCGUCAACGACUACACAAAGGCGCUGCAGGACGGCCUGCGCAUCGUGGCAAACACCUGA